AAAUGAACCCAAUAAACACAAAACCCUAGCUAUUUAAGAUUUGCCAUCGACCUCCUCCUCUACUUCAGUCUUCUUCUCUCUCACAACUUCACCUCAUUUCCGCAAAAACCCUAAUUUGCUCCCUUUCUCUCUCUUCCGUCUUCUGCAACCAUGUCGAAGAGAAAGACUAAAGAGCCUAAGGUUGAGACCGUCACUCUUGGCCCUGCUGUUAGAGAGGGAGAGCACGUUUUUGGUGUUGCUCACAUUUUCGCCUCUUUCAAUGAUACCUUCAUUCAUGUCACUGAUUUGUCUGGCAGAGAAACCCUUGUUCGUAUUACAGGUGGAAUGAAGGUCAAGGCUGACAGAGAUGAAUCUUCUCCUUAUGCCGCUAUGCUUGCAGCCCAAGAUGUUUCACAACGAUGCAAGGAACUUGGCAUCACUGCUCUCCACAUUAAGCUCCGUGCUACUGGAGGAAACAAGACCAAGACUCCUGGACCUGGUGCUCAGUCUGCACUCAGAGCUCUUGCCCGUUCAGGCAUGAAAAUUGGCCGUAUUGAGGAUGUGACUCCCAUCCCAACAGACAGUACCCGCAGAAAGGGAGGAAGAAGGGGAAGGAGGCUGUGAAUUAUCGUGUUCCAACACUGGUCAUAUGGUCUUUAUUACUAUGGCUUUGUUAGUCUAGUUGCUGUUGAAGCCUUUGCUUUUCAUUUUUGAAGUCGAACUUCUUGUAGUUUGAGAUUGCAUUAAGCAUUAUUAUGGAGUUUUGUUUAAGAGAUGAAAUUUUGAUGGUGGUUGAAUACAUAACUUUACAGUUAUUGGAUCAUAUGAUAGUGUGUUGCUACACUCUGUUGUCAUUGGUUCUUUAGCAUAUUGACUUGAUUUAACUGAUUU